AGGGGACUACUAGGCUGACUAGCCAGCCCCAUAUCCCAAAACAGGCCGAAGCUUUCUGCGGAAAAAUCAAUGGCGGACCGAAAACCCGAGCCUGGAGAUUCUUCCUCAGAGAAAGAUAUAAAAGGACCUAAUCUGAUUGAAAGAGUGAAGGAAGAGAUAGAAGCAAUAGUGCACUCUGAGAAAUCACCACAUCAUCACAAGGAAACUCAUGGAAGAAGUGAUGAUAUAGAUGAGAACACCCCAAUUGAUGAAGUCAAAGGUCCAGGUUUCUUUGAACGGGCAAAGGAGGAGAUUGAAGCCAUUGUUGAAGCAAUUCACCCAAAAAAAGAAUCCACCRGCCAGAAAAAUUCUACUUCCUUGGGAUUCCUGCCAGAGAAAGAUGUAAAAGGACCUAAUCUGAUUGAAAGAGUGAAGGAAGAGAUAGAAGCAAUAGUGCAUUCUGAGAAAUCACCACAUCAUCACAAGGAAACUCAUGGAAGAAGUGAUGAUAUAGAUGAGAACAUCCCAAUUAAUGAAGUCAAAGGUCCAGGUUUCUUUGAACGGGCAAAGGAAGAGAUUGAAGCCAUUGUUGAAUCAAUUCACCCAAAAAAGAAUCCACCAGCCAGAAAUAAAUCUACUUACUUGGGGUAAAAAGAGAAGCUAGAUAUAAAUUCAAGGAUGUCUGUGUUCCUUUUCUGAUAAACAUUUCUCUAGAUUUAACAUAUUGUAAUUUGAAUGAUAAGAUUCAUAUAUUGAAAUUCCUUUUUUCAGCCUUUCAA